CGAGGUGUCUACCUCGGUCCGCGACGGCGUCUGGCCCCGCAUGAAGCCCCUCUUCCUCCACUACAAGCUCUCGCCCCAGGCCGACAUCCUCGCCGCGCGCAAGGCCGACGGCAGCAACGGCAGCGCCGGCGACUUCGAGCCCAUCACCGAGCUCGACGUCCUGUACGGCUCUAGCGAGGUCCACCCGCUGCCGGGCUUCGUCAAGGUCGAGCCGCCCGUGUCCGGCGGCGAGGACGACACCGAGCGUGUCGGGACCGGUACGGGCAAGGGCAAGCCUCUUUCGCCGUCGCCCGUCCUCCGGUUCAACAACUUUGGCAACUUCACGAUCCUGCAAGCCGCCGACCUGCACCUGUCGGUCGGGCCGGGCGAGUGCCGCGACCUCGACGAGGUGCGCGCGAUCGAGUGUCGGGCCGUCGGCGCCGACGUGUACAGCCUCAAGUGGCUCGAGACGGCGCUCGACAUGGUCAAGCCGGACUUGGUCGUCUUCAGCGGUGACCAGCUCAACGGGCAGAAGACGUCGUGGGACGCCCGCAGCGUCAUCCUCAAGUGGGCGCCGCUCUUGUGGAAGCGCAACAUCCCGUGGACCGUGGUAUUCGGCAAUCACGACGAGGAGGAGACCGACCUGAACCACGAGAAGCAGAUGGCCCUCAUGACCCGUCUUCCGCUCUUUGUCGGCGAGGCCGGUCCGACCAACGUCGCCGGCACGGGCAACUACGUGCGGUCGAUCCGCUCGCCCGAGGCCGCUCGCGACGACGCGACCCUGUUCAACCUGUACUUCCUCGACAGCCACGCCAACGCCAAGAAGCUCACGCCCUGGGGCAACCCCGGCUACGACUACCUCAAGGCCGACCAGAUCAACUGGUUCCGAGGACGCAGCUCGCAGAUGCAGCCGCUCCUGCGCCCGUACACGCCGCCGCGAAAGCUCACCGGGUACUCGUCGCAGGGCGAGGGCGCGGCGUCGUCGGACGACGAGUAUGCCGCCAAGCCCAACGCCAUGGUCUUCUUCCACAUCCCGCUCCGCACGGCGUACGAUGCCGACAUCGACGUGGCCCCGUCGGGCAAGCGCCUGCGGAUCGGCCAACGCCUCGAGGGCGACGGCGCGAGCAAGACCGACUCGCGCUUCUUCGAGCAGGCCAUCCUCGCCCAGGGCGAGCUCCCCGCGUCGGCGCCGACGACGGGCCGGCCUGAGGUCAAGGUGCUCGCGCACGGCCACUGCCACAUCUCGUCCGACUGCCGCCGCGUCAAGGGCGUCUGGAUCUGCUUCGGCGGUGGUGCGACUUACUCGGGCUACGGCAACCCGGCGUUUGCCCGCCGCAUGCGUGUGUACCAGCUCAGCGACUUUGGCGAGCGCAUCGAGACGUACCAGGUCACGGACGAGCGCGAGCGCAUCAACUACGCCAUGCUCGUGGGCGACGGGUCGGUCGAGGAGCAGUGAUUCCCUCUCUCUUGGUCUCGCGGGCUCUUGUCUUUGUGUCUCUUUCAUCGGGCCGGGUUGGAGGAGCUUGCUAGAGUGGCCGUGCAUCGCAUCCCUUUCGUCUGUGU